GGAGUUUGAUGAUUGUCUUUGUGCCUUGUUCUUGUUUGCCGGCCAGAAAAAUAGGCUGGAAAAGGAGGUUUAGGGGGGGAGGGGGCGGGGAGGGCUGUGUGAGGGUGAGUCUCUGCGGAGCAGGAUCCCAGCUGGUUGGGUAGCGGGUCCCGGCACUUGGCGGACGGAGCUGGACGAGCCCACGUCACCUCCGCGCUCCGCUCCGCGCCCGGCUCCGCGCAGCCUCGGCGGCAGCGCCGCGAACCUGCCCGGAGGAGCGGCGGUCGCCACCAGCCCGAAACUUUUCUUUUCUCCUUCUUUUUUGCGUUUUUAUUCUAAUUUUUCCUGCACGAGGGAGCCGUUUUCCUUUUCCUCUCUUGAAUCCUCUCCCUCUUUCUUAUUGCUAUUUUUGUUUCUUUAAUUUUUUUCUUUUUUUUUUUUUUAUGUAGGGAGUAGAAGGAGUGGGGUGGGGAAAACUGCAUCUUCCAGAUCAGGCUGAGGUGGGGGUGGGGGCUUUAUCUUGGUCUCAGGAUCCUUCCUAGUGCGUCUGACAACCUGGAAGUGUUUGGAGAGAGCAGGGGAGGGAGGGAAAGAGGGAGAGAGAGAGAGAGAGAGAGAGAGGAGCAGGCAAGCAGGCUUGCAUUGGAUAGAUUUUUUUCUUCCAGGCUGUGUUUUCACAUGCUGAUCCGCAAAUAAAUAAAUAAAAGGAAAUAUGCACACGCGAAGCCUGAUCCCAUUGUAAUUUCCAUUGCAAAGGGGGAAAAUAGACACACACAUUAUAUGUACGGAGAUGCAUUGAUUGCAUGGAAUUCAACGAGCAAGUGGGGGAUCCGGCGAAGGAAGCUCGUAACAUGGCGGAUAGCGAGGAAGGCUUCGGGCUCCCCACCACGCCGGCUGACUCGGAGGCCAAGGAGCUCCAGGCUGAAGCCAAGCAGGACACUCAGCUGGGGGCCACCAGCAAGUCCCCCACUUCACCGCAGGCAGCCUUCACGCAGCAGGGCAUGGAGGGGAUAAAGGUGUUUUUGCACGAACGGGAGCUGUGGCUGAAAUUCCACGAAGUGGGGACGGAGAUGAUCAUAACAAAGGCCGGGAGGCGCAUGUUCCCCAGUUACAAAGUGAAGGUCACUGGACUUAAUCCAAAAACGAAGUACAUUCUGCUGAUGGAUAUUGUACCAGCGGAUGACCACAGAUACAAAUUUGCAGAUAAUAAAUGGUCGGUGACGGGGAAGGCAGAGCCGGCCAUGCCUGGGCGAUUGUACGUGCACCCCGACUCCCCGGCCACCGGAGCCCACUGGAUGAGGCAGUUGGUUUCCUUCCAGAAGCUCAAACUCACCAACAACCACCUCGAUCCCUUCGGACAUAUCAUCCUGAACUCCAUGCACAAAUACCAGCCCCGGCUUCACAUCGUGAAAGCGGACGAGAACAACGGUUUCGGCUCCAAGAACACCGCCUUUUGCACCCAUGUCUUCCCGGAGACCGCCUUCAUCGCCGUCACCUCCUACCAAAACCACAAGAUCACCCAGUUAAAGAUUGAGAACAACCCCUUUGCGAAAGGCUUCCGCGGCAGCGACGACAUGGAGCUCCACAGGAUGUCCAGGAUGCAGAGUAAAGAGUACCCGGUUGUUCCCAGGAGCACAGUGAGACAAAAAGUGUCCUCGAAUCACAGCCCCUUCAGUGGUGAGACCAGGGUCCUUUCUGCCUCCUCCAAUCUGGGCUCCCAGUACCAGUGCGAGAAUGGGGUGUCGAGCACCUCCCAGGACCUGCUCCCGCCUGCCAACCCCUACCCGAUCUCCCAGGAGCACAGCCAGAUCUACCACUGCACCAAGAGAAAAGAUGAGGAAUGUUCCACCACCGAGCAUCCCUACAAGAAGCCCUACAUGGAAACUUCUCCAGCAGAUGAGGAUCCUUUCUACAGGUCCAGUUACCCCCAACAGCAGGGACUGAACACUUCAUACAGGACUGAAUCAGCCCAGCGCCAAGCAUGUAUGUAUGCCAGCUCCGCUCCCCCCACGGACCCCGUACCCAGCUUGGAGGACAUCAGCUGUAACACGUGGCCCAGCGUGCCAUCCUACAGCAGUUGCACAGUGUCUGCCAUGCAGCCCAUGGACAGGUUACCCUACCAACAUUUCUCUGCCCACUUCACCUCGGGGCCACUGAUGCCCCGGCUCAGCAGCGUGGCCAACCAUACCUCCCCCCAAAUAGGAGAUACCCAUAGCAUGUUUCAGCACCAAACCUCUGUUUCUCACCAACCCAUCGUGCGGCAGUGCGGACCUCAAACUGGCAUCCAGUCCCCCCCCAGCAGCUUACAGCCCGCAGAGUUCCUGUAUUCCCAUGGCGUGCCUCGAACCCUUUCUCCCCACCAAUACCACUCGGUGCAUGGUGUGGGAAUGGUGCCAGAGUGGAGCGAGAACAGCUAACAAGGGGGUCAGGAAAGUGCAAGAGCAUUAACCAUGGAAAAAAAGCAAACAAGAAAAGGAAAAUGGGAAAAGGAAAAAGAAAACAACCCCAAAAACCCUGUUGAUAAUAAAAAGGAGAGUAUUUUGCAAGACUCCUUUAACUGAAUGUUCACCGAUAGCACUCGAGAGGGACGGACACUGAUUGAAGCCACAGAUGAAACAGCCAUUUCGGUGUGACUUACCCCCCUCCUCCAUCCCUUUUUCUUUCAUUUCAAAGGAAAACCCAACAGGUUGGCACACGUCCCCCCCUGCCACCAUCCCCACCCAGUUUGUGUUGCUGCCACCGCCAGCUCUGUGCCCCUAUCCCCUUCCCUGCCCUCCUGCUCUUUUUGUUCUCCAAGGGACACCAAACUCCUGCUGCCUUUCUCAACACGAUCAGAAUGCUUGAACGAAAACAACUAGGAUGUUACUUUUAUUUUGUGGUGUUGAUGUUGACAAUGUUAUAUAAUAAAUAAUAAUAUAUAUAUUUUUUCUUUCAAUUUUCUCAAAAAAAAAAAAGGAGGAAAAAAAAAAACAAAACGCCAUCCCUUUUUAACCAAGGGUGGAUUUUGGAGUGGUGUUUCUUUAUUCUUUUUCUGUUUUUUAAAAUCAGUAUUAUCGUUGUUACUUUUUAACAGGAAAAGGUAUUAUAAACCCACAAAUAAACAAAGCAGGUACCUACCUCGCCCAGGCGUUGUACCACGAGUGGAAGCCCUCCCCGCGGGUUGCUGUGUUUCCUUAUGAAUGCCUCAAACACAUCUCUGCAGGAACCAGCCCCGUAAACUCAUCUCCUUUCCCACUUGUGUGUAAUGCUCUCUCUCUUCUUUCCUUCCUUCCCAUCUCCUGGUCUCUCCCGGUCCAUCAGCCGCCUCUGAUGGAGAAACAUCCACGGCUUGUCUCCUGCUGGAUUUUACCAGCAUGUGGAAAGCAGGGCUCUGAGCCAGCUGCAACGAUGGGAAAGGGGAGGGAGAGGAUGCAGGCAGCGAAGGGAAGAAGUUUGCUCAUGAAAAUGCUGAUGAUGCUUGUUUGCAAUCCCGGACUUUCAUUUUAUGGUGUGUUCUUUUCCUUCCUCUCCUAAAGAAAACGCGAUACUGGUCUGGGUAUGUGAAGUGAAUUAUUCAGUAAAUGUGUUUAAAAAGGAGCAGAAAACAGUCAUGAAGUGCUGGGAGUGGGGGAGGCAAGAAGAGAAGCAACAGCAAAUGUGUGUAAGUAAACAUGUCUACUGCAGAGUGUUUCAGGUGUAAGAAUUCCUGGUGCUAUUUAUUUAUACAUGGGAGCUUGAAGAACUCAAGUCUGUCACAACACAGCUGAUUCAAAGGGGUUACAGUUCUGAUUGAAAUGGAAGUUUGCUUUCUUCUCUUUCUCUUUUUUCCUCUCCAAGCUGUGCACACUCUAUAUGAUUUACAUAUAUUUUUAAUUAAAAGUAAUUCUAAUGAACAGAA